CGUACAUGAUCGACCGAGAGGCGGCAUAUGUCCAUAGUUGGAGUUAUCGUGAACAGUGGAAGUAGUGCUAAUUAAAAGUGUUACAAAAUGCUGCGAGCAUAAUAUCGCCAACCAUGAACUACGGUCCAGCUGCAAUGGCAAACACCGUAGAUGGAGAGCGGAACUUCUUUGCGAAGGCCACACAACACUUGGCCAGGGCACUAGCAGGGCAGAAGAAUGCUAAGAUGGAUAAGGUGGCGCGCCUCAUCAGCCUGCUGCCGACGGUGCCGGCCGAGGGCCCGUUCCAAGUGGGCCGACGCGGCCAGGAGGCCGUCUGGGCGCUGGCCAUCUUCCUGCUUGAGUCGCGCCUGCAGCACCUGGACGUCAUCUUGCCGCGCCUGCUCGAGCUGCUCAGCGCCCUGCCGCGUGCCACGCGCUUCGAGGACUUCCGCAUCCACCUCUCUGACCGGCACCCUUCCAGCGAGCGGUUCGCGUUCUGCCUGGCCACGGCGCUGUCGGACGUGGCGGCGCAGCGGCCCGACAAGCGCUCGGCCAUCCUGGCCGCCCAGGUGCGCGUGUUCGCCGACUUGGUGGGCGCGGUGCGCGCGCGCCGCGACAGCCCCGACAUCGGCCCCAUGUCCGCCAGAGUGCAGCUGUGCGCGACGACGGUGCCGCUGCUGAUCGGCCUGGCGCGCGCCAUCGGCCGCUCGUCGGUGCAGGAGCCGCCGCUCUUCUUGCGUAUCUUCCCGCGCCCGGUGCCGCCGCCGGCAGCGCCGGCGCCGCCGCCCGUCGACAGCCGGCCGGCCAAGCGCUCCUUCAGCAACUUCCGCUCCAUCAUCCCACGUUCCAUGAGCAGCAACUUCCCGUCGGGCACCGACCUCAGCGUGGUGGACACGUCGCGCCCGUCGGGACGCGACCCCCGUUCCCGGCCGCCGAUGCUGGCCACACAACCGUCGGUGCCGCUGGACCCGCAGUACCAAUACUUCUGCAAGUUCGGCUCCAGCUUUCAGCCGAGCCAGCCGGCCGUGGCCGGGCAGCGCGAGUGCAAGAACCCGCUCGUGUUCUCCGUGCAGCAGCUGGAGGAAGUGCUCAGCCUGGCCAAGUACCUGCUGGUGAAGGACGUGCUGACCUUCCUAGAUGACCAAGCGACCGACGUCUUCUCGUCGGAGCCGAACGCCAUUUUCCCCUACCAGACGUUCAACGAGAUCCUGAACCUGACGAUCGCCGCCCUGUUGAGGGAGCUGCUGCAGCAUCAGACGGACCUGCCGGCGCCGUUCACCCGCGACGUGCAGGAGUUCAUCAAGGGCCUGUUCCUGUCGGGCCAGACGGAGCUGCAGAGCCGGCAGCAGGACGAGGCCGAGGCCGCCGACCGUCGACACAACUUCCAGGCCGUCAACAAGUACAAGCUCAACGUCCAGGCGAACGCCGCCUGCGUCGAGCUGCUGGUCUGGGCCGUCAAGGACGAGGCUGGGGCGGACAGCUUGUGCAGCCGGCUGACGGAGAAGCUGACCUCGGGUCACGGCCACCGGAUGGUGCUGGCCCACAUGCCGCUGCUGCUGGUCUGUCUGCAGGGCCUCGGCGAGCUGGCGCAGCGGUUCCCAGCGAUCGCCUCCAGCUGUAUCCGCUGCCUGCGAGACUUCCUGGUGCUGCCGUCGCCGAUCCUGACCCGGCUGCAUCGGCAGCAGAGUGACGUCAUCACGCCAUCGGGCCAGAGCAUCACGCUGACAGUGACGGACACGACGGCGGCGGCACGGGCCGGCCGCAGCUCCGACUCUGCCCUGGGGCAGCUGCGAGACGCCGCCAUCGAGAACCUCUGCGUGGCGCUGAAGGCGGGCCACACGUACGACGAGGUCACCAUCAAGGCGUUCGUGGCGUCCGUCUCUAACCGGCUCUUCACCGCCACGCACCGCACGAACGACUACAACCUGAUCACGUACAACCUGAUCAUGGCGCUGGGCCAUGUGGCUGUGGCGCUCAAGGACACGCCUGACACCACCUACUCGAUCCUGCAGUUCUUCAUGCAGAUCUUCUGCCGCCGACCCAGUGAGGUGGACGUGCUGAUCGUCGACCAGAUGGGCUGCAUGGUGCUCGCUCGGAGCGAGCCGCGUGUGUACGAAGAGGUGAUGAAGGUGUUCACCUUGAUCACGGUGGAGUCGAGCAGCACAGCGUAUUCAGAUCAGUCAACCGGCGAUGACCGCGGCAAAGACUACAGGCACGUCUCCCAGCCGGUGAUCAACGCGCUGGCCAACAUCGCGGCCCAGCUGCAGGGUGAGGCUGAGCUGCACGACCUGCUGGUCAGACUCCUGGAGUUGUUCGUCCAGCUGGGCCUGGAGGCCAAGCGCGUCUCUGAGAAGGCCAUGGGCUCGCAGAAGGCGUCCAGCUCGGCCGGCAACCUGGGCGUGCUGAUCCCGGUGCUGGCCACGCUGGUGCGCCGCCUGCCGCCCAUCCGCAGCCCGCGGCCGCGCUUGCACAAGCUCUUCCGCGACUUCUGGCUCUACUCGGUCGUCAUGGGCUUCACCGUGCAGGACUCGGGCAUCUGGCCGGUGGAGUGGUACGAGGGCGUCAAGGAGAUGGCUAUCAAGUCGCCGCUGCUCAUCAGCUCGCAGACGUCGCUGGCCUCCGAGAUGCGCGAGCUGCAGCACACCUCCGCGCUGCGUAACGACGCCGUCUCGCUGACGGAGCUGCAGGAGCUGAAGAUGCAGAUCCUCAACUACCUGGAGCACCCGGCCGAUGUGACGGCCGUCAUACACAAGCUCUCGUUCGCCCAGUGUACCUACCUGCUGUCCGUCUACAAGCUGGAGAUGCUCAGGGUGCAGAACCAGGAGGACACGAGCUUCCACGCCAUGUUUGAGUACCUGAACGACCCGGCCAUCCAGAGGGACAAAUACAACAUGUGGCAGUGUAUGAACAGCGUCGGCGAACGGGUCUUCUCCAGCUUCCUGGACGUGAUGAACGACAAGCCGAAGAACUGCGCGCGUGAGCAGGAGCUGGCGCGGCACGCCCAGUUCCUGCUGGUCCACUUCAACAGCCCACACAAACAGAUCCGUCGCGUGGCCGACAAGUUCCUCUCCCAGAUGGUGGACAGGUUCCCGCACAUCCUCUGGAACGCGACCGUGCUCACCACCAUGCUGGACAUCCUGCAAGUGCUGAGCGAGUCGCUGCAGCAGAAUCCGAACGAGGCGUCGCCGGACCUGCGCGUGCCCGGCGCCCCCUACCGGCUGGUGCUGCAGGAGACGCGCGAGGCGCGAGAGACGACGGUGAAGGACUUCGCCGCGCGCUGCCAGGGCAUCAUCGAGGAGGCCAUGAAGUGGGCGCCCGCUACGACCCGCUCGCACCUGGUCGAGUACCUGCGGCGGCCGGCCGGCGGCCACCACGCCGGCCUAGCGUUGGCGCUCGAGUCGGGUCUGCAGUUCGCCGGCCUCUGCCCGCAGGCCGCCCCGCUCGCCGCGGCCACGCUGGCCAAACUGCCCGACUGCGUGAAGAACAACAGCUCGGAGCUGGUGGCGGCCGUGGCCUGGCAGCGGCGCGACGAUGCGCAGCAUGCGCGCGCCCUGCUGCGCGUCACAGCGCUGCUCAUCGACACGCCCGGUCUGGACCGCGAGCUGCUGCACCUGGUGGCCUGGUCACCGGCGUUCGUGUUCACCGAGUCAUCGAUGCGCGCCGGCAUUCAGUGCUGGGAGUGGGUGCUGUCGGCGCGCGUCGACCUGGAGAUCAGCUUCCUCAGAGAGAUGUGUGCCGCAUGGCAGUACACGAUAGACAAGCGUCUGGGCCUAUUUAGUGAGCAGGAGCCGGAGGUGAACCCGCUGGCCGUGUACGAAGGCUGCUCCAUUGAGGCCCGGCCGCCCUACGUGGUGCCCCACCACCUCUGGGUCCAGUUUCUGCUGGAGCGGGUGGAGAUCGCGCGCUACCGCAGCCAGGACCAGGUGGAGCUGCUCUGUAACCUGCUGCACGGCACGCUGUCGCUCUCCGUGGGCGACCAGCAGAGCUUCAUCACUCGCCACGUGGCGGCCGUGGGCACGCGCGUCCGCCUGCUCACGUGCGGCCUCAUCCUGCUGCAGGCCGACCUGCUGCCAAAGACCCAGGGCAAGGGGGCGCUGCGGGAGCGGAUCUAUUACGCGUGCCUGGACUACUUCUGCGGCCAGCCGCGCUUCCCCUCGCCGGAGCAGUCGGCCGGCACGCUGCGUGAGGACAUCACCGUGCUCAUCCGCUUCUGGCAGAACAUGCACUCGGAUAAGAAGUACCUCAAGACCAGCAUGAUCGGCGACUUCAGCGAGUGGAACAUCAUGGGCACGCGCGAGGUGGCCUCGUCGCGGCCGCCGGCCAGCGAGUUCAACCCGUCUGUGACGGGCUGGUUCAACACCGUGCCGCUGACGUCCAACAGCUCGACGCUGUCGCGCCGCUCCGCCAAGAACCGGCUCACCAACCCGGACGUCUACGUCAAGGACUACAUCAAGAAGCGCAACCUCAUCCUGGCGCUGCUGUCGGCGGAGAUCGAGCGCCUGCUCACCUGGCACAACCCGCAGAACCGAGCCGAGCUGCACAUCGCCGGCGAGGAGCACAUGGCCACGUGGCGCGCACAGCCCGUUAGCGAGAAACAGUGGCGCGACCACAUCCGACUGGCCUGGGACAUCAGCCCGCCGCUGGCCGUCAUGCUGCCGGAGCGGUUCAAAGAGGAGGUGAUUCGACGGGAGGUGAGCCGGCUGGUGCGCAGCCGACCGCAGGCCGUCUGCCACAUCUCUGAGGCGCUGCAGUACCUCACCACGCCCGAGCACAUCGUCAACGACAUCAUCGAGUUGUCGCACGCGCUUACCUGGGCCAAGCAGCCGCCGGUGUCGGCGCUGGCCUUCUUCUCGCGCCAGUACCCGCCGCACCCGAUCACGGCCCAGUACGCCGUGCGCGUGCUCAGCUCCUACCCGUCCGACACGGUGCUCUUCUACAUUCCGCAGCUGGUGCAGGCCGUGCGCUACGACACGCUCAAAUGACCUCCACCUCCAGAUGGCUUCAUCACAGAGUUCAUCAACCGCGCGUGCGCCAAGUCACAGAUCCUGGCGCACCACGUGAUCUGGAACAUCGAGACCAACAAGUUCCGCGAUGAGGAGGGCCAGGUCAAGGACGCGGACCUGUACGACACCCUGGAGAACAUCCGGAACGCCAUCGUCUCGUCACUGUCUGGGCCGGCCAAGGCGUUCUACGAGCGCGAGUUCAGCUUCUUCCAGAAGAUCACCAAUGUGUCGGCUCAGAUCAAGCCGUUCCCGAAAGGUCCUGCUCGCAAGGAGGCCUGUCUGAAGGAGCUGCGCAAGAUCGAGGCUCAGCCCGGGUGCUACCUGCCGCCUAUCCCCGACUGCCGGGUGCUCGCCAUCGACUACAACAGCGGCACGCCCAUGCAGAGGUCAGGGGUCAGGCGCCCCUACCUGGCCCGGUUCCGCGUGGAGAGGUGCGGCAUCAACGAGCUGGAGCAGCAGGCCAUGCUGAUCGGGGAGCCGGCCGAGCGGCGGCCCUCCAUGGGACCCGAGAAGUGGCAGGCCGCCAUAUUCAAGGUGGGCGACGACGUGCGUCAGGACAUGCUGGCGCUGCAGGUGAUCGAGCUGUUCCAGAACAUCUUCCAGCAGGCCGGCCUGGACCUGUUCCUCUACCCGUACCGGGUGGUGGCCACAUCGCCCGGCUGCGGCGUCAUUCAGUGUGUGCCCAAGGCCAAGUCCAGGAGCGACCUGGGCAAGGAGACUGACUUCGGGCUGUUCGAGUACUUCCUCACGACGUACGGCCACGCGUCCAGUGCCAAGUUCCAGGACGCCCGGCGGAACUUCGUCAAGUCCAUGGCGGCCUACUCGCUGGCACUGUUCCUGCUGCAGAUCAAGGACCGGCACAAUGGCAACAUCAUGAUCGACGAGGCCGGCCACAUCGUGCACAUCGACUUCGGCUUCAUGUUCGAGUCGUCGCCGGGCGGCAACAUCGGCUUCGAGCCGGACAUCAAGCUGACGGCCGAGAUGGUGAUGGUGCUGGGCGGCCGGCUGGACGCCGAGCCCUUCAAGUGGUUCAUGGAGCUGUGCCUGCAGGGAUACCUGGCCAUCAGGCCUUACUGCGAGGCCAUCAUCUCGCUGGUGUCCCUGAUGCUGGACACCGGGCUGCCCUGCUUCCGCGGUCAGACCAUCAAGCUGCUGCGGGCCAGGUUCGCCACCACCUGCAGUGAGAAGGAUGCGGCCGCCUACAUGACCAAGGUCAUCAACAACUCGUGCCUCAGCUUCCGCAGCAGGACGUACGACAUGCUGCAGUACUACCAGAACCAGAUCCCCUACUAAAGGGAUGCUGUGCUACCAGAACCGGAUCCCGUGUGAGGGGGACGACUCGCCACCGGCACCGGAUCCACACUGUGGUGGUGCUAUGCUGUAGAGCUAGUCCUUCCGAGCAGGCCGCAGCACUGCCUCGACCGUAUCCCGUGGCCGUGGUCUGGCUCCGCCCGCGUCCGGCUGGCGGCCGCGGCGUGCGGCACCUGCCAGCCACG